AUGCAAAAUUCGGUGCCUAGAAAGACUCCCCUUCGAGGAGAAGGAGCGGGAAGUGCCAUUUUCGGGCAGGACACCACAAACUCUACUGUUGACUUCAUAGCAAACUCUGGAACCUGCAAGACGACUUCGGGUGUAAAUCAAUAUUCUGGCUAUUUCUCAGUGGGAAAAAACCCCCCGAGCGUUGUGUCCUUAGCAGUCUGGCUCAACGGCGGUCCAGGACGCUCUUCAUUGUAUGAUUUUGGCCCCUGUCAAUGCUACAACGGCUCAAGCACGCUCACCCUCAACCCAUACAGCUGGAACGAGUACGCAAAUAUGCUGUAUAUAGACCAACCCAUCGGGGCAGGCUUCUCCUACAAAUAUGGAUCUUCUCAACGGAAUGCAGGCGUCAAAUCGAAAUUCGCAUCUUAUUUUCUCUCUCAAAACACCGCAAUCGAGGUGGGCGAUGUUAUAGAAGAGAAGAUCGAGCUCGUAGCGCUCGGAAUCAAUAACGGUCUGAUAGAAUUCGCAUAUAGAACAAACUGGGACGAAUACGACAUUCGUCAAAGUGGAGGCGGUCUAUACCCACCAUCGACAUAUGAGAACUACCUUUCCGACCCGGCAAUUAUGAAAGCCAUCGGUGCCAGCCUGCCAGGGGGGAGUCGGGUGUGCUGCGUGCAAACAGUGCUUUGGCAUGGGGAUUCAGAUGCUGUUUGCGAUUGGUUUGGUGGUCUUGCUAUCGCUGAGAAUAUCACGUUCUCUGGUAGUGAAGAGUUAAAAAGUAAGGAAGGGAGGAACCAUACAGUCGAUGGUGUGGUGGGUGGCACUUUUAAGGCUGUGGAUAAUCUGAGUUGGUUGAGAGUAUUCCAAUCUGGUCAUGAAGUCCCUAACUAUCAACCCGAAUUGGCGCUGCAAGUCUUUAAACAGACUAUGCAGAAGAAGGGGUUAUACAAUACAUGA